ACUGGCCCUCUGCACAGCUUGGGCUCUUCUCCAGAGCAACCUGUGUGCGCAGCCAUCCUCCAGCUGAGCAAGGGACAGCACGGGGCAGAACCACAUCCCCGAAGGCAGCAGAUGCCCAACAGCAGCUCCAUCAGCCAGUUCCUCCUCCUGGCGUUGGCAGACACGCGGCAGCUGCAGCUCCUGCACUUCUGGCUCUUGCUGGGCAUCUACCUGGCUGCCCUCCUGGGCAACGGCCUCAUCAGCACAGCCGUAGCCUGCCACCACCGCCUGCACACCCCCAUGUACUUCUUCCUCCUCAACCUCGCCCUCCUCGACCUGGGCUGCAUCUCCACCACUCUCCCCAAAGCCAUGGCCAAUGCCCUCUGGGACACCAGGCACAUCUCCUACACAGGAUGUGCUGCACAGGUCUUUUUCUUUCUCUUCUUCAUAUCAGCAGAGUGCUGCAUUCUCACCAUCAUGUCCUAUGACCGCUACGUUGCCAUCUGCAAGCCCCUGCACUACGGGACCUUGAUGGACAGCAGAGCUUGUGCCACCAUGGCAGCAGCUGCCUGGGGCACUGGGCUUCUCUAUUCUCUGCUGCACACUGCCAGUACAUUUUCACUGCCUCUCUGCCAUGGCAAUGCUGUGGAUCAGUUCUUCUGUGAAAUCCCCCAGAUCCUCAAGCUCUCCUGCUCAAACUUUUACCUCAUUGAAGUUGGGUUUAUUGUACUUAGUGUUGUAAUCUUAUUUGGGUGCUUCACCUUCAUUGUGCUUUCCUAUGUGAAUGUCUUCAGGGCCGUGCUGAGGAUGCCCUCUGAGCAGGGACGACACAAAGCCUUCUCCACAUGCCUCCCUCACCUGGCCGUGGUCUCCCUGUUUCUUAGCACUGGCAUGUUUGCCUACCUGAAGCUGCCCUCCAUUUCCUCCCCAUCCCUGGAUCUGGUGGUGUCAUUUCUGUACUCGGUGGUGCCUCCAGCAGUGAACCCCCUGAUCUACAGCAUGAGGAACCAGGACAUCAAAGAUGCUCUCUGGAAACUGAUGACAAGAUGUGUUUCAGAAGCAAUGAACUGCCCAUCUUUAUCUACAUAG